AUGCAAGAUCAUUUGUACAGCACGGACGACGUGUUGCAACCGGUUGUUGGACGUGGAUUCCGGUGUCUGACAUGUGAUCUACCGUCCGGUCAGAUCUACGGAUAUCCCGGAUGGACAUAUCGACAAUACUUCAAGUAUAGCCAUUGUGGUGCAUUUCUACGGCUCCCCGAUUCCAGUCUGGAUCGAUUGCUUGUACUGGUCACAGAUCAAUCGCACCUUGAACGCAUUGAGAUCGGAGUGUACACGGAUCCGUUCAAUCCUUUGACCGGAACACAUGAGAGUAUCAUUUAUCAACCGCAGGGUCCUACCAUGUCUGAACUUGCAAUCUACACCUACGGAGCAAGAUUUGGUCUAAUUGAUACCAUUUGGGAGGCUUGA